AUGAAAAUAUAUCUUAUUUUUCGUUUUCAAUUUACAGUCUUAAUUGUUUUAUUUUACGCUGGGUUGUGUAUUCUCGGUUUCGUUCGAGUGGAAAUGAUCGUAACAAGAUCUGAAAACCACGAUUACGAAGAGAGGUUUCAAAUCAAUAUGCUUAAGAUCAAGCAGCACUUGGAGUAUUACGAUACGAAGAUCUACGAUCAUAAUUUCUUCAAGAAUUAUUUACUCAAAUGUGACAACGAUGUAAUGAAGUGUUUGGAGAAAAUAGAUUCGUUCUUCGUUUUGAAAAAAAUGUUUCCAGAGUAUUUACUUCACGAUGAUAUACGAUGCUCCGAUUUCAACCAUUUUUGUCGAUCAAUUUACUCUUGUUACCUACCCGAGUUGAAUACCGACGGAUGUCGUAUAUUUAUCGAUAAAGUCAGCUCAGAUGAAAGUUUAUUCGACGUUUUAAAAAUAAUGAAGUAUUAUUGCAUGCAAACAGAACUUAGAUUCUUGGAAGACGAGCCAGACAACGGCGAUAUUAUCUUAUUCGACUGCAAUAACAUCAAUUUACUUCAUAUUAUCGCAUUUGUUCCAUAUUUUAUAAAAUCUCUUCAGAUUAUUCUAAAGGUUUAUCCAUUGCGAGUACAAUUACUCGUUUUAACUAACGUUGGCAGGGUAGUCAAGACUGUAAUCAAUACUUUGAAGUGGUUUACUCCGAAACGAUACCAUGAUUUGGUUUACGUUUACUCCGAAGGAUCCGAACAUUUCUCAAAACACGUCCCAGUGAUCAUACUUCCAAAAGAAUACGGAGGAAAUACGUUCACUUUGGACGAAAUACGAGAAAAUUGGUAUCAAAAACUGCAACAACGUCGACCCUGGUUUCAGAAAGCUAACGAUGAAAUCACCAACCUAAAAUACAACAAGUUCAAAAACUUCCGGUUCAUUUUCGGCAAAAAUGGAACCUUUAAAACAUUACAAUUGGAUUAAAUACGAUUCAACUGCAAAAUGAGAACAGAGAUGUACAAAUUCAAGAAACAAACAAUCAUCAUUAGGACUUUGUAAUAACGCAUUUUAAUAAUAUUCACAGAUUCUACAAUAUCAACAGAAACUUAUGCACUUUACACCGAUGUACAAAAAUAAAAGAUAAAGCAAAGAAAUAACGCAAAAAAAAGAGAAGAAAGUUAUUUAUGCAUUACUUCUAAAAAUAAUACUUUGUAGAUCGGGUACGUAGAUCAAAAGAAGCAUAACGUAUUUAAAACGAAGAAAAGUUGACAAUUAUGCUAAGAUAUUCGAUUAAACAGAGCUGGGAGUAUCUUAGAUUGCAUUAUCUAAAAUAAGGUAUAAAAA